UCCAAAUACCUAUCCAAUUCCGAAAAUGAAAAUAAAGAAUUUCGCUUCUACGGUCUGAACCAGAGUCAUGUCCCCUUCUCCUCUAAAUAUUUCUCCUUCAAUCUCCAAACCCUAAUCAAGAAUUCAAAAAAUGAACAUGCGCAAAAACCCAAUUCAAAAUCCAGCCAAUUUCUCUUUUUAUUCUUCCGAUUUCAAUCCCAGGAUACCCCUCAAGUUUCACCAUUAUCCAUUUCCUUCCAAAAGUUCCAAGAAACUCACUUUCAGAUUUCUUUGUUCUUCACAGCCAUCGGAUUCGUCAUCGAAUGAAACUUUGACCCUGUCGUCGAUUCUUCAUGCAAUACCCAACUGGGCUGACAGUGUGAAAGAAAGGGGUAUGAAACAGAAAAGGUCCUUAUAUGACCAUGAAAAAUGGGUGCAGCACAGAAGCUCCUUAAGGCAUUUAAGGCAUCUUUUAUCGAGUCUCAGUUCGCGGGUGAUUUUAUCGCUGGUUCCUCCAGUGAUUGCAUUUACUUCAGUGGCUGUAAUUAUAGCCAGUUAUAAUUCAGCAGUAUCAUUGCAUUGGCUACCGGAGUUUUUCCCCAUUUUGAGAGCCUCUUCUUUGCCCUAUCAGUUGGCAGCACCGGCCUUGGCACUUUUGUUGGUCUUUAGGACUGAGGCAUCGUAUUCGAGGUACGAGGAAGGGAGGAAGGCCUGGACUAAGGUUCUUGCAGGAACAAAUGACUUGGCAAGGCAAGUUAUUGCUAGCGUGGGAAGUGCAAGUGAUGUUUUGAUCAAAAAGGCGCUUUUGCAGUAUAUCAUGGCAUUUCCAGUUGCCCUUAAGUGCCAUAUUAUUUAUGGCUCAGAUAUCGCAAUGGAUCUUCAAAAUUUGCUUGAAGUCGAUGAUCUAGAAGUAGUCCUCAGUUCAAAACAUCGUCCCCAAUGCAUCAUCAACUUCAUAUCUCAAAGCAUUUGGUUGUUAAAUAUGGAGGACACACAGCGCCAGAUGUUGGAGUCGAAAAUUUCUUGCUUUCAUGAUGGUAUCGGGGUAUGUGAACAGCUGAUAGGCAUACCUAUCCCUCUCUCAUACACUCUUUCACCA